AUGAGGAAUUGGCUAGGCAAGCUACCGAAGUACAAGUACCACCCCGGAGGACGACCUCGGGGGAGUACGGCCGCCAGAAUGGCUGAGCAAAGGGCCCAGCAGGCCCAACCGAGGCCCAAGACAAAUAACGGCAACGGUCGACCUGGGGGAAACACCCAAAACACUGCUAGGAAUAAUCCUACGAGAAAUGUGCCUGCUGGAACUGGGAAUAACCGAGCUCCUUUGGUAGCUCGGAAUGAUAACCCUGAACCUAUCAGGAACAACCCGAAGCCUGUCCGAGCCAAUUCUAGUCCUUCCAGACCCAACAACGGAAGGCCACCGCCCUCACCAGUAAGGCAUCUGCCCUCACCGAUAAGACAUCCCUCUCCAGGUCGAGAGGCACCCCAUCCAGCUCCCAAUGGGAACCGUGCAGAGCAUCAAGCACCCCAGAGACCCUCUCGGAGUGCUCGAAGUGGGAGCCGAGACAAAAACCAUAGGGCUCGACCUGAGCAUAUGGGUGACCAUGAGGCCCUGCGAGAAGCACAUCGAGGGCAUAGAGCACCUCAACCAUCUGGAAGUCAUAUGUCGAGGUCACAAACGACUGGGCGAGAGUACAAGAAAAACUACCUCGCAACCAUCGAGCCACACAAAAAAAACCAGAGAGGAAUGUCAGCUUCCUAA